AUGGCCGGCGAUCCACGAGCGCUGCUGCGACAGGCAGAAACGUCGUUACAGAAGGCAUCUGGUGGCUUCAGCUUCUUCGGUGGGAAGCAGGAGAAAUACGAGGCAGCCGCAGAUCAGUUUAUCGCUGCAGCAAAUGCAUUCCGGAUGCAAAAGAUGGGCAAGGAGGCAGGAGAGGCUUUCGAGAAGGCAGCAUUGGUACAACGCCAGAACCUGAAUGAGCCCGAUGAUGAAGCAAACACGCUUACAGACGCCUUCAAGGCUUACCGCAAAGAUGACCCAGAGGCAGCUGCACGGUGUUUAGACAAGGCUAUUGCGCAUUACUGCAGCAAGGGCAACUUCCGUCGUGCAGCCACUCACAAGCAGAACCUUGCUGAGCUCUACGAAGUCGAGCUUGGUGACAACACCCGAGCCGCAGCAGCAUACGAAGAAGCGGCUGGCUGGUAUGAGAGCGACAACGCUGAAGCACUCGCCAACAAGCUUUGGCUCAAGACUGCCGACCUCGUCGCUCUAGAAGGCAAAGACUACUACAAGGCCAUCGAACUUUACGAGAAGGUCGCCAGGACUUCUAUUUCUAACAACCUCAUGCGCUGGUCCGUUAAAGAGUACCUACUCAAGGCUGGUAUCUGCCAGCUAUGCACAGGCGACCAGGUCGGCGUCAACACCGCGCUUGAUAGGUACAGGGAGCUGGAUCCAAGCUUCCAGCAACAGAGGGAGCACGCACUACUUGUUGACUUGGCGGCUGCGGUGCAGGAUGGUGAUCAGGAGAUGUUUGCUGAUAAGCUGUUCCAAUUCGACCAGCUCACCAAGCUUGAUAAGUGGAAGACUACACUUCUGUUGCGGGUCAAGAACACGAUUGAAGAGGGAGGCGAGGACUUCUCGUAG